AUGCUCAUUACUCAUCAUCCUAUUUUGUCAAAUUCCAUUUUUGUCCCCGGUUCCAUUUCCCAGGGUCGUUCUGCAUCCCCACCUUCUCCUUUCCUUUGCUUCUCUUCUCGCUCAGAUAUGGAUGCUGCUGCAGGUCAAAUUCUUUACCCAUUGCACCGCUGUAAAACUCUUCACCUGGAAACGAGAGGCCCCAUUCAACACCACCACCACCAAGAAUCUAUUCAGAGGUUGGAACAUGAAAGUCUUGAUGAUCUUUUAGAAGUUCCUAACAUUGAUGAGCCAAGUAUUUUUGAGUCAAAUUCUUCUAGUCAACUCAAUCUUGUCAAAGCUAUUAGGAAAGAUGUGAGACAUGCCCAAGGAUUUCACAAUGUCGAAGGUGAGAAGAACUUUGAGGCGUAUAAGUCUUAUGAUCUUUUUGAUGCAAAUCUGACCCCUCUCGGCUGGAAACAGGUUGACAAUUUGAGAGGACAUGUUAAGGCGAGUGGUCUUUCCAAAAGAAUUGAACUAGUUAUUGUUUCUCCCUUGUUAAGGACCAUGCAAACAGCAGUGGGAGUCUUUGGUGGUGAAGCAUCAACUGAUGAGAUUAAUGUACCUCCCCUAAUGAAUAACGAUGUGGGAGAUAGUGGUCGCCCUGCAAUUUCCAGUCUUGAUGCUCCACCAUUUAUAGCUGUGGAGCUUUGCCGAGAACACUUGGGAGUGCAUCCUUGUGACAAGAGAAGAAGCAUCACUGACUACCGUCAGAUGUUUCCAGCCAUUGAUUUUUCCUUGAUAGAAAAUGAUGAAGACAUUCUGUGGGAACCUGACGUUAGAGAGAAGAACGAAGAAGUUGCUGCCAGGGGACUCAAAUUUUUGGAAUGGCUGUGGACACGAAAAGAAAAGGAGAUAGCUGUUGUUACCCACAGCGGUUUUCUGUUUCACUCCUUAAGUGCUUUUGGGAAUGAUUGUCAUCCAACUGUGAAAAGUGAAAUCUGCACACAUUUUGCUAAUUGUGAGCUACGUUCAAUGGUUAUCGUUGAUAAAGGUAUGAUUGGUUCAGAUGAAUCAUCUACCAACUAUCCUGGCAAAAUUCCAAAUGGCCUUGACCUUCCUAGUGAUGUUGCUGACGACAAACAUACGGGGAACGGCCAGGCAAACUGA